AUGGACAACAUUGAAGAAACUAAGGAAGAAAUAAUAAAUAAUGAAGAAGAAGAUCAGGAAUAUGAAGUAGAACAAAUCAUAUCGCAUACUUUUGAAAAAAACCAUCUGUUUUACUUAGUAAAAUGGGCAAAUUAUGAUCAUUCAGAAGAUUCUUGGGAACCAGAAGAAGGACUAUACAACUCUAUGGAUAAAGUAACUGAAUACUGGGAAACUGUUGAUGAAGACCUCAAAGAAAAGAUAUUUGGUACGCAAAAUACACAAAAAGCAUCUAAACCGCCACCUAAACUGAAUAAAAAUAAAAGAUUCGAGCGCAAAAACAAAUCAAAGCCUUCACACACCAAAAAAUCCUAUGAUUUUACAUUUGAUUAUGUAUAUACUGAUAAUUACGUUCAACAAGAACCAAAAGAACCUGAAGAACAACCUCGUGUGAAAGAGAGCAAAAUAAAAGCGGCUCUUUCACAAGAAAAAUAUUUAAAGCAUGCCGAAACGAAAUCUACACCUGAUGCUCCUCACGUAUUAGGAGCAUACAAAAUAGAUGAAGAUAUAUACUUUGCAUGCGAACUUGAUGGCAAAAAUGUUUCAAUUUCAAAUGAAGAUAUGAAAUUAUAUUAUACAGAUGCAUUACUUCAAUUUUACGAAGAGAAUCUUACUAUUUCAAAGAAUUUUGAUUUCCAUGUCCAUAAGUAA